GAGAGAGAGAGAGAGAGAGAGUAUCACAGAGAGUGUUCAACCUGUCUUAGGGUCUGCAAAAACAGAUGUUCUCACCAUGGUUCUGCAGGCGGUAUUGGACUGUUUCGAUGUGAAGGGCUGGCUGGUGUUUAUCUUCGUGUUUCUCUUGGUGGUGGACAUUGUCAGAAACAGAACUCCACCUAACUUCCCCCCUGGACCCUGGUCUGUACCUUUCCUGGGAAAUGUCUUCACAGGGCUCGACUUCAAGACCAUUGACAAGGUCAGAUAAACACUCAUAUAAUCAUUGCUAAUGUUAAUCAGUAAUAUUUUAUUACUAAUGACUUCUGUUACUAUUACUAUUUCUUUACUAGUUCAGUGAAAUCCUUGACACAGAUUUGACUUGCAUGUGGCGUGUUUUAUACAGGUCACCAUUGAAAAAUAAACUGUGGUCUCAAUUGGGAUUCUCUAAAUAAAGGUUAAAUAUUUUAUAAAAAUGUAAUAAAUGUGUCACCACCAUUCCUUCCUUCCCUGCAGAUGGCUGAGGACUAUGGUCCAGUGUUCAGCCUGCGUCGAGGCAGUGACAGGGUAGUGUUUAUCUCAGGGUAUAAGAUGGUGAAGGAAGCUUUGGUCAACCAACUGGACAGUUUCUUUGACCGGCCCAUCAUCCCUCUGUUUCAUGUCACCUUCAAAGGCCUUGGUGAGUCCGUGGCUAGGGCCCAAAUGGCACUCUAUGCCCUAUAUAGUGCACCACUUCUGACCAGGCCGGGCUCCAGUGAGAAAUAAUGUGGGCACUAGAAAGCACUCCUGUGUCUUUUUUGGAGAGGGUAAACAUGUUCGAUAUAAAAAUUCUGCAUUAUGUAUAUAUUGUCAAUAAUCUAAAGAAGCUUGUCUACUUCGCUUCCCCUCCUUCAUCUGAAAUAGCUGAAAAAGGAUGCAUACCAGGAAUUAAUGUUCCACCUGCCAAAUGCACCUAUCACUGCAGAUGGGGGAAAGGAGACAAGGAGAGGAAGACCAUUUUAGACUAUUGAGAUCCACCCAAUACCUGAUUCUUAAUCUCUACCUCUCCUCUUGCCUCAGGUAUCGCUCUAAGCAACGGUCACAUGUGGAAGACCCAGAGAAAGUUUGCCCACACCCACCUGCGAUACUUCGGAGAAGGGAAGAAGGGACUGGAGCACUACAUCCAGCUGGAGAGCAACUUCCUGUGUGAGGCCUUCAGAGAAGAGCAGGGUAUAUAUACAGUACUUUUAGGGUUAGGAUUACUGCUUUUUAUUUUAUAGAAAUAACAACACUGCACUGUAGACAUAACCACAAGACAUGUACUGUACACAUUCCUGUCGUAACGUUGUGAGAACACACUUGAUACUUGCACACUCUAUCAAUAUAUAAUGUAAACUGUGUCCCCUAUAGAAUAAGUGUAACCUUCAUGUGCCUUUGGUCCGCUUAUACUUCACUUUCUAAUAAUACAAUAAUAAAGACACAUGCAGGACAACAGUUGACGAGAGAAUCCAGACUGGAAGCUUUGCAUAGCCAGUAUGAUGUCUAUGUUACUGUCAGGAGGAGGGUUCAACCCCCAUUACAUUCUGAACAACGCGGUGGGGAACAUUAUCUCUUUUGUGGUGUUCGGCCAUCGCUUCGAGUACAGCGAUGAAAACUUCCAGAAGCUCCUACGCUUGGACAACGAGGCUGUGAUACUAUCCGGCUCUGCUCGGGCUCAGGUUGGUGUCAAGUUGUUGGCUGGUUACUGGUCUUAACUCCUUCAGAUGAGAUGUUUAACCUAGAGCCUAGCUCUCAGUGGUCAUAGCUCAUGUCCUUGUCCAUCACAAAACUAUUUUGGUGAAUUACCUGAAAAAUCCUAUCCUUUUAUCAUAAAAACUAUUGUGCACAUAUAAACAGGAAAAUCAACAUAACUGUUCUCCUGUAGUCUGAUCUGUGUGUGUAACUGUGUCCCUCCCUGUCCCAGCUGUAUGAUGCCUUCCCACACAUCCUGAAGUACCUGCCUGGUCCCCACCAGACCAUCCACUCCAACUACCACCAGAUCACAGACUUCCUGCAGGCAGAGAUAGAGAAGCACCAGGAGGACUGGGACCCAGAGGACCCCCGGGACUACAUAGACACGUACCUCACAGAGAUUGAGAAGGUAUGGUACCAGAACAGUAGCCAACACUAGGACAAAGGUCAAAAACACACAUCAUGUGAAUGUAGCGAACCACCUCCACCAGACAGACAUUUCAUGUCCAGUCAUGUUUUCUUUUCUUUUGCCACAUUCCAAUCCACCUUCUCCUUUAACGUCCUCAGAGGAAGGAGGACCCUAAAGCUGGCUUUAACACAGACACUCUGGUGGUGUGUACUCUGGACCUGAUCGAGGCUGGCAUGGAGUCCGCUGCCACCACCUUACGCUGGGCCCUGGUCUACAUGAUGAACUACCCAGAGAUACAGGGUGAGUCGACUCUUCUACAGCACCCCUGUGAUUGAUUGAUCGAUUGAUAUAUUGAUUGAUUGAUAUAUUGAUUGGUUGCUCUAUUGAUUGAUUGAUCUAUUGAUUGAUUGAUCCCAUCUCCUUCAUCCCUCCAGAGAAGGUCCAGGCUGAGAUAGACAGAGUGAUAGGACAGUCCCGCCAGCCCAACAUGUCUGACAGACCCAACAUGCCCUUCACUGACGCUGUCAUCCAUGAGACACAGAGGAUAGGAAACGUUUUGCCGCUGGGUUUCCCCAAGAUGGCCAACAAAGACACAAUACUGGGGGGAUAUUUCAUACCCAAGGUAAGAAAAAUUAGAUACAGCAUUAACAACACUCCUGAGUCCCUCCAUGUAUCAAGUGAAUGAUACUUGUUGUCCCUGAACUUUUGUGACAUUCAGCUCUCAAGGCUAGCAGAAUAAAAACAAUAGCUACCAAAAUCCAUGGAUGAUUUGUACAGUUAGUCAUUCAUCUACCAACUUAAUCAGUUGUAGCAGCCAUAUGGUUAUAGGCUAUAGUCCUGCUCUGCACAUUGUUGAGCAGGUGGGCAGUCUGUGAGUUACAGUUUCUCUGUGCUAUUCAGGGGACGGCCAUCAACACCAGCCUGUCUUCGGUGCUGUUUGACAAAGACGAGUGGGAAACUCCAUACACUUUCAACCCAGAGCACUUCUUGGAUUCUGACGGACAGUUCAGAAGGAGAGACGCCUUCCUGCCUUUCUCAGCAGGUGAUCCAACAGACUAUCCAUCCAACAUGUAUUAUUUGUUGCUCAGGUUAUGAUCUCUGUUGGUUGUGUUUUCAUGUUUUCAUUAUAAACUUGUGUGAUGAGUAACCUUGCCUGUGACCGAAAACUUAACAUUAAGAUCCCUUUAUUGGUCAAUUGCACAGAAGGUCCAACUGAAAUUUGACAUACGCUUUUAACCCAACCCGUCUGAAAGACACACGUAUACAGGUUUUUGGAGAGGUGCGGGGGGCUGCCACACUGGGUGCCCAGGGAGCAGUUGUUUUGGGGGGUUAAGUGCAUUGCUCAAGGGCACAAGAGUAGGCAAUAUCAUCUAGGAUUUGAUACCAGCAACUCUCCUUUUGCCAGCUCACUUCCUAACAGAUUUUGUUCAGUUGAACCCUUCGGUUGCUGGCUUGCAUCUUCAACCACUAGGAUAUCUGCCGCCCCUGAGCUUUUAACAAAUGAUCCGGAUUCAAUCCCAGUCAGUCACAUAUCUCCCUCAUGUAAGCGUGUGUGUCUCCUCAGAUUAAAUGUGUGUGUGUCUCUUCAGGUAAGCGUGCGUGUGUGGGGGAGCAUCUGGCUCGUAUGGAGCUGUUCCUGUUCUUCUCCUCCUUGCUUCAGUGUUUCUCCUUGUCUCCAGUCCCUGGAGCCAUGCCCAGUUUGGAGGGGGUCCUGGGGUUCACUCACUCCCCAGCAGAGUUCCUGGUCCGAGCCCUGCCGCGGUGACCACCUCCUCUCACUGACCACUUCCCCUCACUCUGAUCAAAACAUAGAGCACCACAUGGUGUCUACAAACAAUGGCUGGCUGGAAGAAGCAGGAAACAGCUGUUAUUGUUGAGAUUCACUGGACAGAGAGGCAUAGACUACAUGAUAUCCUUACUAAAUCAUAUAUUUUUUGUACUGUGUAUUUUAUUGAGUCAACUACAGGUAACUGCAAUUUACAGAGCACUCAAUAUUGAACUAAAAGCAACUUGCUAAUGCAGAUUUACUAAAAUUACACGUUUUCCAGGUCCAAUUAUAUAUUCUCUCAAUAUACAUACUGAACAUAGUGUUUGUAUUUCUUUUUCCUUCUUUUUACACUUUUGAAUAGACUAUUGAUUUCCCUGUCAUACAACUGUGUACUUUGUAUCCAUUAAAGAUAUGCAAAGGUGAAUGACUUCUGGUUGAUUUGAAAGCAGUGACCUGUGUUUAGUUAUGGUUAGUAGGCAGAGUGGGGUAAGUUGUGCCAAAGGGUUAGUGGAACCACCCCAUGUUUCUAGGAAACCAUACACAAA